GUUACUGCCGGCGGCGGCCCAGUCUCCCCCCGCGCCCCGGAGUCCGGCUUCGUCACUUGGUCGCGGGGACCUUCCCUCUGGCCCCAAGAAUCCUCCCCCUGCAACCCAACAAGAGAAAACCCCCCUCGUCUCGCCCAGUCACCGGGGAGGGGGGACCAUGUCCCAGCGGGUGAGGCGCAAUGGGUCCCCCACGCCGGCCGGUGCCCUCGGGAGUGGUGCAGUCAACACGGCCGGGGGACCUGGGAGCCGCCUGCAACCCAUGAGGGCGACGGUUCCAUUCCAACUGAAGCAGCAGCAGCAACAUGGCAGCCCCACGCGGAGCAACGGCGGCGGCGGCGGCAACAACAACGGCGGCUGCUGCGGUGGCGCCUCAGGCUCCUCAGGAGGCGGCGGCGGCGGCGGCGGCGGCAGCGGCGGCGGGGGCCCGCGCACCGCCUCCCGCAGCACGAGCCCCACGCGCGGCAGCGGGAGCGCGGCCGCGCGCACCAGCCCCACGGUGGCCACGCAGACGGGCGCGUCCGCGACGUCCACGCGGGGCACCAGUCCCACGCGCGGCGCCGCGCCUGGAGCUCGUGGAAGCCCCCCAAGACCGCAGCCCCCGCCGCCGCCUCCGCUGCUGGGUACCGUGUCGUCGCCUAGCUCGUCGCCCACCCACCUGUGGACGGGCGAGGUGAGCGCGGCUCCACCCCCAACCCGUGUCCGGCACCGGAGGAGGUCCCCGGAGCAGAGCCGCCCCUCCCCGGAGAAGAGGAGCCCGAGCGCCCCGGUUUGCAAAGCGGGUGACAAAACGCGACCUCCUUCCUCAAGCCCUUCCAGUAUUAUCCGUCGCACUUCUUCCCUGGAUACACUUGCAGCUCCAUACCUAGCUGGGCACUGGCCUCGUGACAGUCAUGGGCAAGCUGCACCUUGCAUGAGGGACAAAGCUACACAGACAGAGAGUGCAUGGGCUGAAGAGUACUCUGAAAAGAAGAAAGGAUCUCACAAACGCUCAGCAUCCUGGGGCAGUACGGAUCAACUUAAGGAGAUUGCAAAAUUACGCCAGCAGUUGCAGAGAAGUAAACACAGCAGUCGGCAUCAUCGAGAUAAAGAAAGACAGUCUCCAUUCCAUGGCAACCAUGCAGCUAUUAACCAGAGUCAGGCUCCUGUUCCAAAGAGUGCCCUUAUUCCAGUAAUUCCUAUCACCAAAUCAACAGGUUCCCGGUUCCGGAAUAGUGUGGAAGGAUUGAAUCAGGAGAUUGAAAUAAUAAUUAAAGAGACUGGGGAAAAGGAAGAGCAACUUAUACCACAAGAUAUUCCAGAUGGACAUCGUGCACCUCCCCCCCUGGCACAGAGAAGUAGCAGCACACGUAGCAUCGACACACAGACCCCUGGUGGGGCAGACAGGGGAAGCAACAACAGCAGCCGUUCUCAGUCUGUGUCCCCCACCUCAUUCCUUACUAUCUCUAACGAAGGCAGCGAGGAGAGUCCUUGUUCAGCUGAUGACCUGCUUGUCGAUCCCAGAGAUAAAGAGAAUGGGAACAACUCUCCUUUGCCCAAAUACGCAACCUCACCAAAACCUAACAAUAGUUACAUGUUCAAAAGGGAACCUCCUGAGGGUUGUGAAAGGGUCAAAGUCUUUGAAGAAUGCUCACCAAAACAACUUCAUGAAAUUCCAGCCUUCUACUGUCCUGACAAAAACAAGGUGAAUUUCAUUCCUAAAAGCGGUUCUGCUUUCUGCCUCGUCAGCAUCCUCAAGCCACUCCUUCCCACACCAGAUCUUACCCUCAAGGGCUCUGGCCACAGCCUGACAGUCACCACUGGCAUGACAACCACUCUGCUUCAGCCCAUUGCUGUGGCCUCCCUGUCUACAAAUGCAGAGCAAGACCGAGUCUCCCGAGGAACCAGUACGGUCUUGCCAUCAGCCUCCCUUCUCCCACCUCCAGAACCAAUCGAGGAAGCCGAAGGAUAGGCCCCAAUGCUUCAUGGCCAUGGUUCUGGAAAAUGGAGAACCUCCUCAGAUCGCUUGACUAUGAUGGCAGCGUGGGCUCCCAGUUGGCUGUGACAUGCUCCAGCUUUCCAGUGAUAGUGAGGCUUCUGGAAUUGAGCAGCCCCUCUGACUGCUCCGCCCCACUCAAGAAGGCCAGCCCUCAGUGCUUAGCCUGCUUUUUCUUAAAGCACUGAAUGAAAUAAGAAAGGUCUCAUUUGGAAGGACAAUAUCACAUUGUUUUUGUUUUCAAAUUAGACUUGUUUAAAAAAAAAAAAAAACAACACACACACACACACACAAAAUCUGAUCCCUGAAAACAUGAUUCCUGAAGGGAGACGUGAAUGAUGCUGCAAGAACCAUCUUUUAUAUGAAAAUGACUAUUUUAUAAUGCCAAUGUUACAUUUCUGAAACGUAGCAAACAGGAUGUUCAAAAGAUUCUUUGGUGGCCUCUGUUUCUUGUUUCCCUUUCUAGAUGUGUACUUUUCUCAGCUGUUUUCAGCUUUGGGACCAAAGGGAUUGUUGACAUUUUCCCAGCAGUCUUAAUCUCAUGACUAUGUUCUUCUCCCAAAUAAGAAUUGAUAAUAAGUAAAUGCAUUGAGCAAGUAUAUAUAAAAAGAGAUACAAAGCAAUAUUCGUACAUUAUGUGAUUUAUGUUUUUUGAUGUCUAAAGUUUGUGCUUUGGGUGAAAUAUUUGUAAAACUGCUGUUUUCUUCACUUACUGUACACAUUUCACCAUGUGGUCAGAAAAGUUAUAGUCUGAAGAUAAAUGCUUUAAUAUGUUCUCACCCAUGUUGGAACUUGGUUUAAGAGUCGUGAGCCAACAGGAAAACUACCCAGUGUUGAUUGCUAAAUAGGAUUAAGGAGCCCUUUGGUUUUCUGUGAAGUGUGUAUUGCGCUAUUGCCCUCCUUUGCCACAGGUGUCAUUCUGCCUUUAGUCAUCACUGUAUCAUAGUCCCAAGAGACCCUAAAAUGGCUGUGCAUGGAUUUCCUCCUUUGCUUUUGUGAUGUUGUUGUCUUGUGGAUUUGGUCAGGGUCAGUAGUUUGCCAGGAGUGUAAUCCAUUGAAUAGUGAUCCUUAGCCACAGAACCUUGAGACUGACUUUUUCUUUAUGGUGGUUGGCACUGAGAUUUAUUGCCUACAGAUUUUGCUAGUUUCCUCUCAAAUACUCCACACAGUGGAGAAAACAGAUAAGAGCUUUGGAGCAUAAACAACACUCACCUUGAAAAAUCCAUACUGUUUUGGAUUUGGGCUCAUCCUUAGACAAACCUACUGCCAAUAUCACAAGACAACAGUAUUUCAUUUCUGCGUAUGUGGUAGUAAAAUUAAGGAGCAGCUCUGUUUGAGAAAUGAAUUUCAGCAAAACAG